CCCAGGCUGACUGAUAACCAGAGGACAAUGGAUGCAGAUGAGGGUCAGGACAUGUCCCAAGUUUCAGGAAAAGAAAGUCCUCCUGUAAGUGACACUCCUGAUGAUGGUGAUGAACCCAUGCCUGUCCCUGAAGACCUGUCCACCACAUCUGGAGGCCAGCAGAACUCCAAGAGUGAGAGAGGAGUAGCCAGUAAUGUUAAAGUAGAGACUCAGAGUGAUGAAGAGAAUGGGCGUGCCUGUGAAAUGAAUGGGGAAGAAUGUGCGGAGGAUUUACGAAUGCUUGAUGCCUCAGGAGAGAAAAUGAAUGGCUCCCACAGUGGCCAAGGCAGCAAAGCUUUGUCAGGAGCUGGAGGCAUCCGACUUCCUAACGGCAAACUAAAGUGUGAUAUCUGUGGGAUAAUUUGCAUCGGUCCCAAUGUGCUCAUGGUCCACAAAAGAAGCCACACUGGAGAACGACCUUUCCAGUGCAACCAGUGUGGGGCCUCCUUCACUCAGAAAGGCAACCUGCUCCGUCACAUCAAGCUACAUUCUGGGGAGAAGCCUUUCAAGUGCCACCUCUGUAACUACGCUUGCCGCAGGAGGGACGCCCUGACGGGCCACCUGAGGACACACUCUGUUGGUAAACCUCACAAAUGUGGAUAUUGUGGCCGAAGCUAUAAGCAGCGAAGCUCUUUAGAGGAACAUAAAGAGCGUUGCCACAACUACUUACAAACCAUGGGCCUCCCGAGCACGCUGUACCAAGUCAUUAAAGAAGAAACUAAUCACAAUGAAAUGGCAGAAGACCUGUGCAAGAUAGGAUCGGAGAGAUCCCUCGUGCUGGACAGACUAGCAAGUAACGUCGCCAAACGGGACAAGUGCUCGGUGGACCUGGCCUAUGAUGGCGCGGGGCUGGAGCAGGAGAAUGAUCUGAUGCAGACCCGCGUGAUGGACCAGGCCAUCAACAACGCCAUCAGCUACCUGGGCGCCGAGGCGCUGCGCCCGCUGGUGCAGACGCCCCCUGGCGGCGCGGAGGCCGCGGCGCUAGGGCCUCUGUUCCCGCUGCAUCGGGCGCCUCCCGAGGGCCCCCCGCGGCCCGGGGCUCCAGACGCCGCCGAGAACCUGCUGCUACUCUCCAAGGCCUCCGAGCGCGACGCGUCGCCCAGCAACAGCGGCCCGGACUCCACGGACACGGAGAGCAACACCGAGGAGCAGCGCCUCAUCUACCUGACCAGCCACGGGGGCGCGCACGCCCGCAACGGGCUGGCCAUCAAGGAGGAGCACCCCGCCUUCGAGGUGCUGCGGGCGGCCCCCGACGCGCCCCAGGACGCCUUCCGGGUGCUGGGCGCCAGCGGCGAGCCCCUCAGGGUGUACAAGUGCGAACACUGCCGGGUGCUGUUCCUGGACCACGUCAUAGAACUCUUCUUCCAGCAGAACAGCUGGAUGUCCCUGGAACCAGUUGAAGUAAGAACAUCAAGGAAGCUGGAACAGCCACGAGGAAAUGCCCAUCUUCACAGCCAUUUCCAUGCAAAACUAGAGGAACUCCUUGAAUACAAGACUGACCACUUCCUGGAAGUUAAAAACUCUAAACAAGAACUGGAAGAAACCAACUGGGACCAAGAUGGCACCUGUGUGGGCCUGGGCCUCAUUGUGCCCUCACUGUGA